AUUCACUCGUACCUUAUUGCUACAGCAAAAUCUAUCGAAGUGCGUCAUUCGCUGACUUUCAUUUGCCCCCACCACCAGGAAACGCCGCGCCAGACCGUGAAUCGCAACUCCAUCCAUCCUAAUCACCACGAUCCGUCUCGACGACUUGUCCUAGCCUCACCAGGUAUUUCAAUAUCUAGAUUGACGAUCGGCUAAACGCGCCAAUCCAGCAAAAUCCACUGCCCUUCCUUUGCCAUCGAUCUUCAACCCUCAACCAAUCAACAUGUCCAACCGACAACUCGCCCGCGACAUGCAAGUCGAGUUCCAGGCUCGCUUCCAAGCGAAGCAAGCCCGUCGCGAAGCACAAAAGGCAGCGAAGCAGGACCCGCUGCUCAAGAAGCAAAUCCAGGACCUGCUGAAGAAAGGCGAUACGGCUAAGGCCUACCAGAAGGCCAAGAUGCUGCUUUCUAAGCAGGCCCUCGCUCAGCAGAUGGACCAGAUGGCCGACAUGGCCGAACUUAGCGUCGCCCAGAUCCAGGCCAAUAACGCCAUGAACCGCAUGACGAACAUGAUGGGCCAGUCCUCGCGCACCAUGACCGCUGCUCAACGCAACAUGAACCCCGAGCGCACCUUAAUGACGCUUGAGCAAUUCAAGCAGCAGAACGAGGAAUACGCCGUCAACAACGGCAUCUACCAAGACGCCAUCUCGCAGACGACGUCACAGCAAGUCUCCGAGGACGCCGUGCACGAACUGCUCGGCAAGCUCGCCGACGACGCCGGCGUCCAGCUCAACUCCGAACUCAACUCCGCGCAGCCCAGCCGGGCCGAGCCCGCCCUCCCCCAGACCGCAGAGCCGACCGCCGAAGAAGAGGACGCUCUGCAGCAGCGCCUCCGCGCCUUGCGGGCUUAGAAAGUCGAUGGCGGAAGCCGAGAUGGGAAUGGUGGGGAUGGCGAUGAGCAGGAGGGAGUUCCGCAGGUGGCGGCAUGAACAUACACGUAGCUAGCAGGAUGCGGUAUUGAUAUCUAUCUGAUUGCGUGCGGGAUGGCAGAUUUUGUUUAGCAUCACGACAUAAGGGUCCGGUUAGGCGUUCCGGUUAUUGUGCCUUUUCUCCUUGUAUACGCGGAUGCCGCAAUACCUGUUGGUGUGGAAUAGAGCUUAUUUACGGGCAUCGAGUUAAGAUUCCAAUGCGUUGAAACCGUAGAACUUUGGUCCUUGCUUGUUUACUCUUUUGCUGGGUAUAUUCGUUAGUAAAUACUACUGCUAGAGCUUCUCUUUCUGAGCGUGCGUGUUUUUGAUGAUAUAUGUAGAUACACCUCUCUUCAUUGCCUAAGGAUCAUUCGUCUAUGCUUGGAUCACAGCUUUGAAUACAAGCUAUGGCAGAGUACGAGUACAUAAGAUAACUUAGAGUCAAAUCAUAUACCUAUAGAUUCUAGAGUGACAUCUUGCUAUGUA